CUUUAGGACAAUUACAGUGGAGGGACCUAGGUAACUAAAUUAAAUAACCAUACCAUGAUCCUCCAGUCUGCUAUCCGGCACAGUGUUGAGCGUGUUACCAGGUUCAUCUCUCAGCACAGCCUUGGGAACCAGACCCAGGAUUUCGCUUCGCACCUUGAGCUUCACCUUUACGUUCACCUCCCCCAGUACUCUUUUUACCUUUUAAGCUGUGUCGUCUUACAAACGGUCCUUUAUGAUCGCCAUCUUCCAUCGAUCUGCCACACGCACCCACGGUUGAUUCUUGAACGCUACAUACUUUAGAGUGUGCGAUCCGAGAGAUCAUGUCGAACCAGUCCAUUCUCCGCAUAACUCGUGAACUAGGAGAGAUCCAACGAGGGCCUGAUCUAUCCCUUGCAGUUGCAUGCCGCGACAUAGACGUUCGAAGCGUCCGGGCGCUGAUAAUCGGUCCUCCUGAUACACCCUAUGAGUUCGGCUUUUUUGAGUUUCACGUCAGGUUUGGUAGAGAAUAUCCCACGAAAGCGCCUCACGUCAAUGCGAUCACGACUAAUGGCGGCCGCACGCGAUUCAACCCGAAUAUUUACGCACAGGGAAAGGUCUGUUUGUCGAUACUUGGGACAUGGAGAGGCGAGUCUGGCGAAGAAUGGUCUUCUGCGCAAGGCUUAGAGUCCAUCUUGAUCUCUAUACAGAGUUUGAUGUCGCCAAAUCCGUACGAGAACGAGCCAGGGUUUGAAGAUUCAAAGUCUGACUACGAUCAAAAGAAUGUACAGGCAUAUGCCGCUAAGAUCAGACACGAGACGUUACGAGUAUCGAUCAUUGACCGAUUGGAAGGUUAUCUGGGCAUCAAUCGGGACAAGUCACAGUCGGUCACGGUAUAUGAUGCAGAGGAAGAUUACCAAAACACCGCAGUAGAGGCGGCGUUCGAGCCAUUUAGAGAUCUCUGCAAGCGCCGUUUCAUGUGGUACUACGAUUCAUAUCUGCAGACAAUGGAACAGGAGCAUGCUAAAUACAAAGAUGGCUCAAAAUUCGAAAAAAUGCCAUUCGAAGGGCCGAGUAAUACCAUGGAAGGAUCCUUCAACUACGGCUCGCUGAAGAAGAGACUGGCAGAGAUCCGGGAAAAGCUUGUAGAUGAGACUCAGGAAUGGGCAAAUGAAGGAAAGAUAUCGAUCGAGAAGGAAUCAGGCAUCGCCAGUAAUCUACAACGACAGUUCGAGCAAGCAAGCGAGCACUUCAAGCACAAUGAUGCGGUUUCACUGGACCUUACUUUGGUCGACAAAAACCCGUUCGUGUGGGAGCUGAUUCUUUUUGGAAGACCGAUGACCAACCUGGAUGGUGGAAUGUUCCGCUUCAAGAUCUAUCUUAGCCCUAGGUUCCCAGAAGUGUUACCACGCGUCAUUUGUGAGACACCCUUAUUUCAUCAUCGCCUCUCGAAGCACGGUGUGGUUUGCUAUGAAUCGCCGAAGAAAGACGAUAUUAGAAGUCAUAUCGAUGCCAUAGUAGCCGCCAUUGAAGAAGAAUCCCCUGCGUACGAUCCUCGAACAUUGGUCAACCCUGAAGCAGCUAAAUUGUUCUGGGGUACCCCCGAGGAUAAGAAGUUGUACAAUCGCAAACUACGUCGUUCGGUUCAGGACAGCUCGGAGUACUGAAUGUUACAGCAUAUCCAUGGCCGAAAAGUAUGGACUCAUCGACUUUAUCGCAUAUGUUCAUCUGGCGAAUAACGGAAGGUUAAAUACCCGGCUUUGAAGAUUAUUUACGGUGGCGUCACAAGAAGCUUCGGAUGGUUUGCCUCUGCGAUAGUGCAAGGCGACUACAUAAUGACUUCACGAUGUGCAUUUUCGGUAUGGUGUUGCAUGGUUGUCUUUAGGGUUCAAUGGUAGCAAUAAGUCGCAGUUUCUCGCUCUGCGUUUCACCCGAUCGGCGCAUAAAUAUAGAGAGAAUAGCCCUGGAUUGUAAGUCAUCAAAAUCCACUAAGUAAUAUGUUUCUAGCUGGAACUCUUUUGA